AUGGCCGCCGUCGUCGCUCAACUCGCCCGGCCUUCUGUCCGCCACUUCUCCGCACACCGGCCUCGCCCUGACAGCCGUGCCACUCGCGCAGUCGCAAUGUCCUGCCUAGUCACUGGUGUUGUCCUUCCUUUUGUCCCGCCUGCCCUUGAAAGCUCGCGCCAGAGAAAAUCCGGCUCUCCUGACAGCAACAAGCCCCCUCCUCUCUGUUUCCACGCUCGCUAA